AUGGAACAAAGCGGACGGCAGGCGUGGAUAGAGCGAUGGAGAUGCGUCACCUACAUGGUGGCAUUGAUGACAUUGUGGAGCGAAGCGUCAGCUCAGAUUCGAUAUUCCGUAUCCGAGGAGGUUAAAGAAGGAAGUGUUGUGGGAAACCUAGCAAAAGACUUGGGAAUUGACAAGGCGACGCUGAAAGACAGAGAGUAUCGCAUUGUCGGCGGUUCAACGGAACCUCUUUUUCACUUGAACGGAGACGACGGCAUCCUGUACGUCAGCAGGAAAGUGGACAGGGAAGAGAUCUGUGAACGAAGCGAUGCGUGUGUGAUAAACCUUAAAACGGUACUGGAAAACCCGCUGGAAAUCCAUUAUGUGACCAUAGAGGUGCUGGAUGUAAACGACCACUCCCCCAUUUUCCCAGAGAAAGAGAAACGGCUGCAGAUAUUUGAAUCGACGUUACCGGGCGCACGGUUCCAGCUCCAACCCGCCCGUGACCCAGACGGGGGUCCGUUUUCUGUGCAGCAGUACAAACUGAGUCCAAAUGACCACUUUCGUUUGGAGGUUAAGGAGCGAGGCGAAGACCGUAAGAUGCCCUUCCUGGUUUUACAGAAGCUGUUAGACAGGGAGGCUGCGAGGGAACACACGCUUCUGCUUUCAGCUCUUGAUGGUGGGAGACCAGUGCGCUCUGGAACAAUAGAAAUACUGAUUGAGGUGCUUGAUGUUAACGACAAUUCGCCAGUUUUUACAAAAGAUACUUAUUCUGUUAUAUUAAAUGAAAACACACCUCCUGGCACGUUAGUUGUACAGGUUAAUGCGACAGAUUCGGAUGCAGGCGCGAACAGCGAAAUCGUUUACUCAUUUGGCAAAGAAGUGGACUUAAAUGUGCAGAAACUAUUUACCAUAGACGCAGAGACUGGAGAAAUUAAAGUGAUAGGUGUGAUUGAUUUUGAAGUGAAGAAAAGCUAUGAAAUUGAUAUACAAGCGUCAGAUAAAGGCCCCGUUCCUUUGUCCACUGACAAAACUGUGGUAAUAAAAGUAGUCGACCUUAAUGAUAAUCCUCCACAGAUUGAAGUCACGUCAUUUUCAAAAUCAGUUCCUGAGGACUGCAGAAUCGGGACAACAGUUGCUCUGAUUAGUGUCAAUGAUUUGGAUUCAGGCCUCAAUGGAAAAGUGUCUUGCUUUAUACGCGAGGAUUCUCCUUUCGCUAUUUCUCCGUCCUUGCAGGAUAAUAUGUACGCCAUAGUGACCAAGUCCAGACUCGACAGGGAAGAAAAGUUUUCUUAUGAACUAACAGUUGUUGCGAAGGACACCGGUGAGCCCCCACUCUCAUCUGAAAAGACAAUAACUGUUGUCGUAUCAGAUAAGAACGAUAACGUACCACAGUUUUCACUGAGUCCGUAUACAUUUUAUAUUAGAGAAAAUAAUGACAGAGUAGCAGCGAUCUUUUCAGUCACGGCAUCUGAUCUAGACGCUGGUGAAAACGCGCGUAUUUCUUAUCACAUUCAGCGGGAGAGCAGGGGAGACAGUAUGGGUCAGUUUUUAAAUAUUAACUCGGAAAACGGAGACAUCAUGGCGCUAAAAAGUUUUGACUUUGAAACGGUGAAAACUUUCCAGUUCCACGUUGUUGCGUCAGAUUCUGGAACUCCGUCACUGAGCAGCAACGUCACAGUGAACGUGUUCAUUCUGGAUCAGAACGACAACGCUCCAGUCAUCCUGUAUCCAGUCAGCUCCAACGGUUCUGCUGAAGGUGUGGAGGAGAUUCCCCGCAAUGUGAACGCAGGACACUUGGUGACUAAAGUCAGAGCCUAUGACGCUGAUAUAGGAUAUAACGGCUGGUUACUGUUUUCACUGCAGGAAGUGACUGACCACAGUCUCUUUGGGUUUGACCGCUAUACAGGACAGAUCAGAACACUUCGCUCAUUCACAGAGACAGACGAGGCUGAGCACAAGCUGCUCAUACUGGUCAAAGACAAUGGGAAUGUGUCACUCUCAGCAACAGCUACUGUCAUUGUAAAAGUUGUGGAGCCCAAAGAAGCUUUUGCAGCUUCUGAUGUGAAAAGUUCGUCAAAAGCAGAUGAGGACAGUAAUGUGACUUUUUACCUGAUGAUAACUGUGGGCUCAGUUUCAGCUCUUUUUCUCGUCAGUAUCAUCGUGCUGAUUUCAAUGCAGUGCUCAAAGUCCACAGACUACACUUCCAAAUAUGUACCAGAGCCUAAUUAUGAUGGGACACUGUGUCACAGCAUCCAGUACAGAUCUGGAGACAAACGCUACAUGUUAGUUGGACCCAGGAUGAGUAUAGGAUCUACUAUAGGCCCAGGAAGCCAGGCCAAUACACUAAUGCUCCCUGACAGGAGAGGGAUAUCCGGAGAGGUAAGAUUAUGUUUGUUGAAAAUGUGA